CUUGGUGUUUGUAUUUGUUUCACAUGUCACUUGUCAACAAUAUACUAUGGUUAUGAGUCACUUCAGCUGUAGGUAUAGGUUAUGUUAGAGUGCAAUAUUUCACAAGAAAGAAUUUUAAGUUUUAAACUAUUUUAUUACCAGUAAAGUGUAUUACUUAAGGAUUGUGUAACUUUUUCUAAUAAAAUGAGCUUCCUUGAUAGUAUAUUUGGGAAGAAACCUACUGUAAAAGAACAACAACGUGAAAAUGAUAAAGCCUUGCGAAAAGCUGGACGAGAAAUUGAGAGAGAUCGUAGAGAAUUGGAGAGGGAAGAAAAAAAACUGGAAAUGGAGAUAAAGAAACUCGCUGCCCAAGGAAACCACGAUGGGUGCAAGAUGCUGGCAAAGCAACUGAUACAGAUGCGGAAACAGAGAAACCGGACCUAUGCCGCAAACAGCAAGAUCCAAAGCAUUGGUGCACAAAAUAAAGCAAUGGGAGCAAAUGUGGCAUUGGCCGGUGCUAUGUCCACCACAGCUAAGACUAUGAAGAACAUGAACAACAUCAUGAAACCUGAGGAGGUGGCAGCUAACAUGCGGGAGUUCUCCCAGGCCAACAUGAAGAUGGACAUGACAGAAGAGAUGAUAAAUGAGACUUUAGACGACAUGCUGAAUGAAUCAGGAGAUGAAGAAGAAAGUGAUCUCAUUGUAAACCAAGUGCUCGAUGAAAUAGGAAUUGAAAUUUCGGGAAAGAUGGCCAAAGCUCCAUCUGCAGCCUCUGAUAAAAUUGGUGAUAAGAGCAAAGCAAGGUUACCAACAGAUGAGGAGAUCGAGGAGCAACUUGCCAAACUCCGAGGAUAAGUGCCUUUUAAUGCUUAUUGGGGAUUUUACUUCAAUUGUAUGUUAGUCAAAUUGGUCAAAUCAACGAUUCCAGAUAAUUUUUCCAGCUUUAUAUGAAUUAUUGAUGUUGCUCUUACUAUUUUAGUAGGAAAAUGGACAUAUGGAUGUUAUUUAUAUAAGGAUGUUUGUAUAAUUUUUCAUGUAAUUAUAAAUGUAAAUAAAAAUCAUAUUUUAGAAA